AACUUAAUGCUGGGUUUAUUGUGCAUUUAGUGUUCGUGCUGUGUAGAGGCAUUAAAAUCGAAUUUUGUGUUAUUCCACGCCAGUACGCUUCUGUUAGGUUUUUUUCUUUGCUUUUGUUGGGUGAAAUCCGUCCAAUUGCCAGCGCAGUUGUGGCAAUUGUUCCACCCCUGAUUUGGAGAAGAGUGUGAAUCCGGGAUUUUGAUUGUUGGAGUGUGGAGUUCGUGGAGUUCCGAUCCGAGUCACCACCGAGGUGUGAGUUGGAGAGUGUGUGGGUUCAUCCCGGUUGUGCGAUUCUAGAUUCGGCUUUUGGUUAGGAGCAUUAUACCUGAACCUCCCGAAAGUUUUGCGCGAGUGUAUUUGUGUACUAUCCGCGAAGAAGUCCAAAGCAGAAACGUGAAUAUCGAAAACCGCGAAGAAUAAGAGUUCAACAAUUUUAAAGUGCUCUGAACUACACAACAACGUCAGACAACCCCGUUGUUUCGCAUCCGUGUGCCCCACCGCGCGUUCAAGUGGAGAACCCAGCAGAAAAAAAGUGGUUUAAAAAAAUUCAAACAAACUGUUAUCCAUCCCGUCAAGCCAACGGCAGCUGUCAACUGAAUUUUUGUGGAUAUCAAAAAUUUAUAAUUGCCAAGCUCUCGCACCACCGGAGAUUUAAUCCCUGACUGAAGCCUGUGCGCGCAAGGAGAUCAGCAUCGAGGUAAUUUCAACUGCAGAUUUUUUAAUUAUAAUUCUGUUCUAAUUGCAACAACAGCGUAGACCAACAGCAACAGCAGCCACCAUGGGUAAAGCACAGAGUAAGCGUUCGGUCGACAUAACGACAGACCCGGCCAAGGAUAGCGUAGUCACAGAGGGCACCGGCAAGCUGGAAAAGAUUGAAGACGUCGAUCAGCUCAAAUCACAGGCCAACGGCGAUGCACAGCACAACGAGGGCGAAUCGGAGAAAAAGGUCGAAUCGGAUGCCGCCGAAAACGAGAAAGACGCCAGCACAGAAAAAGAGAGCAACAAAGAUGGCGCCGGUGAUGCCAGCGCCACCGCCAGUGUCAGUUCCCCAACCACAGAGAAACAGCCGGCCGAAUCGGAUUCCGAUGCCGCCAACAAGACACAGGAAAACGGAGGCAGCGCCGAUGAAACCCUAAACGACAGCAAGACGGCCGCAGCCGAGGACAGCAAUAAAAAACCCAAAAAGGUCAAAAAGAAAUGGUCCUUCCGAAGUAUCUCGUUCAGCAAGAAGGACAAACAGAAACCGGCCAAGAAGGAGAAGGAAGGCGAGGAGAAGGUGAACGGCGAGUGCGAGAAAGUUCCUGAAGAGCCAACUGAAGAUGCCGCUACUGCUGCUGCGGCCGCUGCUCCAGCGACAAGCGAUGUCACCGAGACCAAACCCGAGGCCGCCGAGGUUGCCCCCGCGACCGAAGCCGUAAAAGCCGUUGAGGAACCAGUCGUAGAAGCCGCCGUCGCCUCGCCCGCCCAAGAGACUGCCCCUGCCACCGCUGAAACCACUCCGGCCACCGAAACUGCCCCCGCUGUCGAACCCGCCGCUGAAAAGCCCGUGGAAGAGGAGAAGAAGGUCGAAGAGGAAAAGCCAGCUGCCGCCCCAGUCGCAGUCCCAGAGCAGCAGGCGGAACCGGCGAAGGAGGCCGAAAAGGUGGUCGAACCCGUGGCCGUUGUUGAGGUAAACAAAGCAAAACAAGUCGAACAGACGCCGCCGGCGGAAGUAGUAGCCGCCGCCGUUGAGACUGAAACCAAAUCCGAACCUAUUGUUGUUGAGCAAACAGAGAAACCAGUAACCGAAGUAGUAAGCGACAAACCGGCAGCGGAGGCGGCGCCGGCUGCGACCGAAACCGUCGCGGUCGAACCCGUCCCUGCUGAACCGGUUGUCGCCGCUGAUAGCAAUGGUGAUAGCACGCCUCCACCUCCUCUGCCCUCCAUUCCUCCUCCCUCCCAGGUGAUGGUAUUUGCAGAAGCUUCCAUGUCCCAGGGUACAUCCGAGCCCGAACCCGAUUCCCUGAACUCUAUCCCGGAACCGUCGUCGUCUUCCUUGCCGGUUGAAAAGCAGGAACAGAAACAAGAAGAGCAGGUUGUAGUGGUAGAAGAGAGCAAAAAAGCAGAAGAGCAGGCUCCAGUCGAAGAACCAGUCGUUGAAAAGAAGGUUGAGGUAAAGCCAGUUGAAUCUGCUCCUCCAGCUCCGGUAGAAGCCGUCACUCCAGCACCAGUCGAAGAAGCCAAGAAGGAAGAGACUCCAGCACCGGUUGUCGAAGAAAAGAUCGUCGAAAAGGUUGUCGAAGCAGUGCAGGCCGAUGCUCCCGCCGUUGAAGCCGUUGUCGAGCUGAAGGAAACUGUUUCUGAGGUCGUGGAAGAAAUUCUGGAGAAAGCCGUCGAUAAAGUAGAGGAACAAGUCACAGCUCCGGUUGUCGCCGAAGAAAUGAAGCCUGUUGAUCAGGCCCCGGUGGAAACCGAAGCACCCAAGGAAGCAGCUCCUGAGGUCGUUGCCGAACCAGUCAAGGCCGAAGAAACGCCUGCUCCCGUAGAGGCAGUUCCCGCUCCAGUGGAGGAAAAACCAGCUGAAGCUACUCCAGCCCCCGUUGAAGAGAAGCCAGUCGAGCCAACGCCAGCCCCAGUUGAAGUAACUCCCGCCCCGGUAGAAGAGAAACCCGCUCCCGUCGAAGAAAAGAAAGUGGAAGAACAGCCAGCCAAAGCUGAACCAACUCCAGUAGAAGAAGCACCAGUGGCUGCAGUGGAACAGAAACCAGUUGAGCAAGCUCCGGCUCCUGUAGAAGAGAAACCCGUCGAACCGGCCCCAGUCGAAGAGAAGCCCGUUGAAAAAGUGACCGCCCCCGUAGAAGAAGCCAAGCCAGUCGAAGCCGCACCAGCAGCGGAAGAACCCAAGUCAGAAGAACUCAUUCCCGCACCGGAACCGGUCUCGGAAGCUGACGAAAUCAGUAACACAAUCGACGAUUUGCCACCCCCACCACCGCCACCGGCGACUGACGAUGAGCCCGUGCCCGAUUCGCUUCCCUCGCCUUUGCCCACAAUUGCAGCUGCCGCCCCGACGACCGGUGCAACCGACGAACAGAAUCUCUCCGUCGACAUUUCCUCACCACUUCCACAGAACUCGCUCGAGUCGCUUCCAUCACCGCCCACACUAUCCCAGAGUGACGCCAUGAGCUUACCUCCCCCGCCGGAAUCUCCCUCGGCCACACUGACCUCGAUCGAAGCCACCGAAGAACAGUCUCUUCCCGCUGCUCCCGUUUCUGAACCUACUGAAGCCCUUCCCACGCCUCCAGAAUCUGCCCCCGUAGAAUCCUCCGAACCACAAAAACCCGCAGAAGCUCAGGUCCCUCAGGUAGUAGCGGAAGAAAAGCCAGUCGAGGUGCCGGCGGCGGCAGCGGCGGCGACGGCGGAGUCAAAGGUUGAGAAAGAACCCGUGGCGGCAGAAGAACCAGCGGCGACGACGGCGGCGGCGACCGAACCAGCUCCAGAAUCUAGCAAGAAAGAAGAACAGGCUGUCGAAGAGAAGGAAAAAUCUGAGGCGCCGGCGCCACAGCCAACCGAAGCGACGGAGAUCGUGGUCAAAAAGCAGCAGCAACAAAAUGGAACCGUUGAGAAUGGAACCGCCGCCUCCACAGAGAACGGAACGACCGAAAACGGUGCGGCGACGGUGGAAAACGGCCAGAACGGAGUGCACGAGACGUCCACCACGGAGAGCAUGAACGGCGACACCGAACACAAAAAGGAGGAGAAAAUUCCAGAGAAGGCAGCUCAACUUCAGCAACCUCCGCCGGCAGCAGAAGUAACGGCUGAAUAAAAAAUCUAUUGAUUAUUAUUAUUAAUUAAUUAAUUGUAAUCGUAAUUAUAAAUACCGCGAGGAGAGAGCGAGAGCAAGUGGACAGAAUAAUAAAAAAAACGAAACGAAAGCAACACACACAACAGAAACCAUCAGGAUUACUUUCCCCCGGGCAACCGGGGAAAGGAGGAAAACAGCCCGUCAACAAUAUUCACAUAGGCAGGAAAGCAGUGACGACAACCCGAUUAAACAGCAUCCAGAGAACGCAGCACACACCACUGAUGAUAAAAAAGCGGGAACGAAAGAACCUUUUUACAUAUUUUUAAAAUUUAAAGUUAUAUUAUAAUUAAUUUUAUGAAAAUAUUUAAUGAAAAAAAAAUCACCAUAAAUACUUUCAGAAAACGCAUAUAUUUAGAAGGGUUCGAUAAGUAAACAAGGAAAAAAAAUCGCAUUAAGGUAAAGCACAUUCAGCUUGUGUGCGUGUGUUGUAGAGAGCGAGUCUUUUUCGGAUAUGUUGUAAGGCAGAGGCACCUCAUGUUUUUUUCUUUUCUUUAAGUUUAGCAGAGAGAAAUAAAAAAAGAUAUAAAAAGGGAAAACUAUUCAAGCUGCAAGCACUAAGUUAAUGAGAGUAAUUACUACUACUAUUACAACUCUUACUACUGAUUGUCCAUAAAUGAUUGCAUUGUCCAGUUUUACAAGAUAGAAUCGAAAGCAAAUAAAAGAUAUGAUUGAUAAAAAAAAA